AAAAAUAUCAAAAUUACACCGGUAAUAAAAAAGUUUUUUACCAAAUUUUGUUUUAAUAAAUUUAUUAUAACUUACUGUUAAAUAUUAUUGAAGACAGUACCUACACACACAUAAACCUGUGUAAUUGUAAAAUUUUAUUUGUAGUUGUAAAAAGUUUAAAAAUAGAUAACCUUAAAGGUACAAAGUUUAGAAAAUGCUGUCUAAACAUCGUACAGUUAUAUCAAAAUUAAGGAGUAAAGGCGUAUGCUGUCAUAAAUAUUCCUCGUCUGCAGUCGCUACUGAUGUUACUUUUACAAAUGGGGUGAAACUUAAUUUAUCGUCUGGUCGCUAUGCUCGUUUCGCCGAUGGCGCCUGUGUUGCUACGAUAGGGGAUACAAGUGUACUAUCCACUGUUGUUUCCAAAGCCAAAGCUAGUUCAAGCUCUUUCCUGCCACUGGUUGUGGACUACCGACAAAAGGCAGCUGCUGCGGGACGAAUACCUACUAAUUUCUUAAGGAGAGAAUUAGGUCCCACUGAAAGAGAAAUUCUCACUUCACGGUUAAUUGAUAGAUCAUUGCGGCCACUAUUUCCCCAAAAUUACAACUAUGAUACGCAGAUUGUUUGCAACAUGCUGGCAGUUGAUGCCACGAACCCACCAGAGACUGUUGCGAUCAAUGCCGCCAGUACUGCUUUGGCAUUAUCUGAUGUGCCCUGGAAUGGACCAAUAGGAGCAGUAAGAUUAGGGCAAAUUGACAAUGAACUUAUUGUGAACCCAACUCGCAAAGACUUACAAAAGUCCAUUCUCAACCUGGUCAUAGCUGCUACUAAAAGUAACCUGGUUGUAAUGCUGGAAGGCAGCGCAUCUGAUAUUUUGCAACAGGACUUACUGAAGGCCAUCAAACUAGGAACUAAAGAAGCUCAACAUAUAGUGAGAGCUAUAGAAAAGCUGCAGAAAGAUCAUGGAAAGAUGAAACGGGAGUAUGAAACACAAUUGCCCUUGGACCAGAGCAUAAUAGACUCAAUUAAGACGUUAUCUUCAAUGAAAAUAAGAGAGAUCCUCAGUGACUACUCUCACGAUAAGACCUCCCGAGACAUAGCAAUAUCAGAGCUAAGACAGACCAUACUCAAUCAACUGAGAGAUGCUGCAGACGCUGGCCAGCUGCAAGAUGCCUUCAAUGCUCAUCUACGGGAAAUAUUCAGAGACAUGAUAUUUGAGACCGAUGUCCGCUGCGAUGGAAGACAUUUGGAUGAGCUCAGGAAGAUCAACUGUGAGGUAUCAUUGUACGCGCCAUUGCACGGCAGCGCGUUAUUCCAGCGCGGACAAACCCAGGUGUUGUGCACAGUCGCAUUCGAUUCGCCAGAAAGCGCGCUUAAAGUUGACCCGCUCACUAUGAUCACUAGUGGUAUCAAAGAGAAGAGCUUCUUCCUCCACUACGAGUUCCCUUCGUACGCGACGGGGGAAGUGGGGCGCACGGGGCCGGCGGGGCGGCGCGAGGCGGGGCACGGCGCACUAGCCGAGCGGGCGCUCGUGCCCCUCGUGCCCCGGCUGCCCUACGCCACGCGCCUCACCGCUGAGGUGCUGGAGUCUAAUGGGUCCAGCUCCAUGGCUUCCGUUUGCGGGGGCUCCUUAGCCCUAAUGGACGCGGGUGUCAACAUGGCGGCGCCUGUUGCGGGCGUGGCCGUUGGGCUGGUGACGAGAGACGACGACUACCGGAUACUGACUGAUUUGUUAGGUAUAGAAGACUACAUGGGCGAUAUGGAUUUCAAAAUGGCCGGUUCCAAAAAAGGCAUAACGGCGUUGCAGGCGGACGUCAAAAUACCCGGUCUGCCGCUCAAGAUCGUAAUGGAGUCUGUGCAAAAGGCAUGCGACGCCAAAGCCAAGAUCAUAGACAUCAUGAACCAGUGCAUAGACAAGCCGAGACAAGGACGUAAAGAGAACAUGCCAGUCCUUGAAGAGAUGGAGGUGGAAGUCCACAAGAGGGCCAAACUGCUGGGGGUGGGCGGUGUCAACCUGAAGAGAUUGUACGUGGAAACGGGGGUUCAGGUGACACCAAUAGACGAAACCAAAUACACGAUAUUUGCACCUUGCCAAACGGCCAUGGACGAAGCUAGAGUCCGCAUAGAUGGCUGGCUGACAUCAGAAAGAACACCCGAGCUGGAGUUUGGUGCCAUUUACAAGGCCAAAGUGGUGGAAGUGAGAGAUAUAGGCGUUAUGGUCACAUUGUUCCCGGGCAUGACGCCUGCGUUGGUGCACAACUCGCAGCUGGACCAUAGGAAGAUACAGCAUCCAUCGGUCCUAGGUUUGGACGUUGGCUCAGAGAUUCAAGUGAAAUACUUCGGACGAGACCCUGCCUCGGGCCAAGUGAGGUUAUCGCGGAAAGUUCUCUCCUCGCCUCCUCCAGCCCGAGUCAGAAACUUGGACAACAGCUAAAACUCGACAAUUUCAAUAUCAAAAAUGGUGAUAAACGUGAAUCGUGCUGUAAUAGUGAUCAGAAAACUGGUGAUGUGUUUAUAAGUGAUAUUACGAGUGAGUGAAGUGACACAAUGAUAAAAUUUUAAUUGAAUUUACCGAAGAAAUGUAACAAAGACUGAUUAUGUGCAUCCGAAGCCCAAGUUAUGCUAUAUGAAGCAUUUUUGAGGUGUGAUUGUUAGUAUGUGAGAUUCAAUUAGAUAGCUGAACCAUAUUUGACGAUGUAAAAAUAGAUGUGAUAUCAUUAAAAUUUUCUCUUCUGCGAUGUUGAUGUAGAAUGUGCAAUUUGACCUACUAUUGUGACAUGUAGGCCUGAGUGCUUGUUAGCAUUUUGCUGGGUUCUAAAUGGACAAAAUCCGUCCUAUGUUGGUUUCUCUUCUGUGUAAUCUCUUUAGUGACCGGAACCAUCCUUAACUUACCCAGAUAACUGAAUCUAAUCUCUUUAAUUGUAUAUAAAAAUAUAAUGAAAAAUUAAGAAUAAUAGUGCUUUGCCACUAUAUGUAUAUGCUGCUCUUCAUAAUAUGGACUAUAUUGAUAAUUAUGGAUAUGGUAAAUUUUGCUGUGUUAGAGGAAAAAAUAAAUUGUAAUAAUACAAAAUACAAUCUACAAAAAUACAAAUACCUAGAUUACUUAGAUCUCCUAUCUGAUAGUCAAAUAUUUUAUGUAUUUCAAUCUUUUUGAGAUUCAUGAUGCAUUUCUAAAAAUCCCUUAUUAUGACUAGAAGCAAAAAAAAAAUUUCUUUGUUUAAUUUUAAAAUUAUGAUGCUUAUUGUUAAGUUUGAAUGUAUUAAAAUAAAUUACUGUAAAGCACUCAUCGGUUUAAUUUUAUAAAUUAGUUCAUAAUCCACCAUCAUAUUAAUUUAGUCAUGCGAGGAACGCUCACUCUGGAGAACAGACCAUUCACACAGACGUAAAUCUAUCUUAUAUCUUUUCUCCGUGAUGUCCUGGGCUUUUCAAAUCCAUCGGCUUGCCGCGUCAUUCACGACGACCUCCGUGGUGGAGUGGUUUGAACGCCGGGUUUCAUGGUGUCGCC